AGCAAAUCCUUCAUUCAAUUUCAAGCUUCCUGCAACUCUCCUUUGUCUUAAAGAAGAAGAAACAAUCUCUCUCCUUCUCCUUCAUUGUUUCCACUACUUCCCCUAGACACUGAAGAGUAAAGGAGGCAAAGAGAGAUUCACAAAAAUGGAGUUUGCUUUUGUCUCUCAAGCCAUGUGAGCUUCCUGACAUUGUUCCAUUCUUUCUCUCUUCUUUUCUUCUCCUUCCUCUUUUGUUCUCUCUUUACGCAUUCUCCGCACCGAGUCGGUGAAUCACUGAGAGUACUCGAGUUCACAGUCAAUGGCGUCUUCUUCUCGAGCAAGGAGUCAGUCGCCAUUCUCGCACCGGAAGCCGUCGACUCCGUACUCGUCCACUUCUUCGUCUUCGUCGUUUAUGGGCAAUAGGUUGAUGCCGAGGACCUGUUCAUCCUCUGCGUCGUCGUUUUUAAACUCCGGAGGGGGAUUCAGUUCCCGAUCCAUGACGCCGACUCGGUCAAGGUCAGAUUCGAUGUUCUAUGGUCAGCGUAACUACGGCGAUCGUACACCGGUGGCUUACGCGCCGGAGGAGUUAAUAGCGGAGCCGCUGGAAGCGCCGAGGACUUCAGAUAGUAUUUCGGUUACGAUUCGAUUUCGGCCGAUGAAUGAGAGGGAGUUCCAGAGAGGGGAUGAGAUAGCGUGGUAUGCUGAUGGAGACAAGAUUGUGAGGAAUGAGUAUAAUCCAGCUACGGCUUAUGCAUUUGAUAGAGUUUUUGCCCCCCCUGCGACUUCUCAGGAGGUAUAUGAAGUAGCUGGUAGACCUGUAGUGAAGGCUGCAAUGGAAGGUGUUAAUGGGACAGUUUUCGCCUAUGGUGUUACAAGCAGUGGGAAAACACACACAAUGCAUGGAGAUCACACUUGUCCUGGUAUUAUUCCAUUGGCAAUAAAGGAUGUCUUCAGCAUCAUACAAGAUACUCCAGGAAGAGAGUUCUUACUCCGUGUGUCGUAUCUUGAAAUCUACAAUGAGGUGAUAAAUGACUUGCUUGAUCCAACUGGUCAAAAUUUGCGCGUUAGAGAAGAUGCCCAGGGAACUUAUGUUGAGGGUAUAAAGGAAGAAGUUGUACUGUCUCCUGGUCACGCACUUUCUUUCAUUGCUGCUGGGGAAGAACAUCGUCACGUUGGUUCAAAUAAUUUUAAUCUGUUGAGCAGCCGAAGUCACACCAUAUUUACACUUAUGAUUGAAAGUGGUGCUCAUGGUGACGAAUAUGAUGGAGUGAUCUUCUCUCAACUUAACUUGAUUGAUUUAGCUGGAUCUGAGAGUUCAAAAACUGAAACAACUGGACUAAGGAGAAAGGAAGGAUCUUACAUCAACAAAAGUCUUCUAACUCUUGGAACUGUAAUAGGAAAAUUGAGUGAGGGCAAGGCUUCUCAUGUUCCAUACAGAGAUUCCAAGCUUACCCGUCUUCUGCAAUCUUCAUUGAGUGGGCAUGGACAUGUUUCGCUUAUUUGCACAGUUACACCUGCAUCAAGUAGUAUGGAGGAAACUCAUAAUACAUUGAAGUUUGCGAGCCGGGCAAAGCGGGUGGAAAUAUUUGCCUCACGUAAUAAGAUUAUUGAUGAAAAAUCAUUGAUUAAGAAAUACCAGAGAGAAAUUUCAAACCUCAAACAAGAACUUGAUCAACUAAGGAAGGGGAUGAUUCCUGGUGUCAAUCAUGAAGAACUUAUGAUCCUGAGGCAACAGUUGGAGGAAGGUCAGGUGAAAAUGCAGUCAAGAUUGGAGGAAGAAGAGGAAGCCAAAGCUGCUCUGAUGAGCAGAAUCCAAAGGCUCACCAAGCUUAUACUUGUUUCCACUAAAAAUACCCUCCCUGGAUGUUUGAGUGAUGUACCAAGUCAUCAAAAGAGCCAUUCUGUUGGUGAGGAUGAUAAAUUGGACACGUUGGGAGAUGGUUCUCUGCUCGUAGAUGGUGAGAAUCAGACAGAUUCAUCUUCUGCUACGGCACUUACUUCAGAUCUAUCAUUUGAUUUUAAACACAGAAGAUCAUCCAGCAAGAGGAAUGAUGAACUCUCGCCAACUAGCAGUACUGUCACCGAGUCAACUCAGGCGGGUGAACUUAUCAGUGGCUCUAAACUGAUAGCAGGUGGGAUGACAUCAGAUCAAAUGGAUCUUCUUGUUGAACAAGUCAAGAUGCUUGCUGGGGAAGUGGCAUUCAGUACUAGUACCUUGAAACGCCUGCUGGACCAGUCUGUAAAUGAUCCUGACAGCUCAAAAGCUCAGAUAGAAAAUUUAGAAAAGGAGAUUCAAGAAAAGAGGAGGCAAAUGAGGGUUUUAGAACAACGCAUAAUUGAGAGUGGUGAGGCAUCAAUUGCUAAUGCAUCUAUUGUUGACAUGCAACAGACAGUAAUGAGAUUGAUGACUCAAUGCAAUGAAAAGAGUUUUGAGCUGGAGAUAAAAUCAGCAGAUAAUCGUAUCCUUCAGGAGCAACUGCAGAAUAAGUGUGCUGAGAACCUGGAAUUACAAGAGAAGGUCAACCUCCUGGAGCAGAGGUUGGCUUCAUUUUCUGGUGAUAAAUCAUCGCUUUCUUUUGAACAAGGCACCAAUGAAGAUUAUGUUGAUGAGUUGAGAAAGAAGGUUCAGACCCAGGAAUUUGAGAAUGAAAAAUUAAAACUAGAACAUGUUCAGCUUUCAGAGGAAAAUAGUGGGUUACAUGUACAAAAUCAAAAACUGGCUGAAGAAGCUUCUUAUGCAAAGGAACUGGCUUCUGCUGCUGCUGUUGAACUGAAGAAUUUGGCUGCUGAAGUGACAAAACUCUCAUUACAGAAUGCAAAAUUAGAGAAAGAGUUGUUGGCUGCUAGAGAACUGGCACACUCUAGAACUGCUAACCAAAGUAUUAAUGGUGUUAACCGAAAGUAUGGUGCUGGAAGGAGGGGGCGGCUCUCUGGACGUUCUACUGAUAUUUCAGGUAUGGAUGACUUCAACUCAUGGAAUCUUGACCCAGAUGAUCUGAAGAUGGAGCUGCAAGCUAGGAAACAAAGGGAGGCAGCUCUUGAGGCUGCCUUAUCUGAGAAGGAAUUCAUAGAAGAUGAGUACAGGAAAAAGGUUGAAGAAGCAAAGAGAAAGGAGGAAGCACUGGAAAAUGAUUUAGCAAACAUGUGGGUGCUUGUUGCAAAGUUAAAGAAAGAAGGUGGUGCAAUCCUUGAGUCUGACACUGGUGAAAGACACAGUGCUGUUGAUCAUGUUGAGGGUACAAAAACAAAUCAUGCGGAUAGUAAUUUUGCUUUAAAAGAGACACAAGUCUCUGAUUUGUCAAAACCAGUUGAUGAAAUUCCCAAGGAAGAACCUCUGGUUGUUCGCCUUAAGGCUAAAAUGCAAGAGAUGAAGGAAAAAGAGCUCAAAUCACUGGGAAAUGGAGAUGGCAAUUCCCAUAUGUGUAAAGUAUGUUUUGAAUCACCAACUGCAGCAAUCCUUCUCCCAUGUCGACAUUUUUGUUUAUGUAAAUCUUGUUCACUUGCUUGUUCUGAGUGUCCAAUUUGCCGCACAAAGAUUGCGGAUAGGCUUUUUGCAUUUGCUUCUUGAUACUGCCAUUCAUACUCUAGAUGAAGGCUUUACGAUCUUCAUCGAUGGCUAUUUACUGUGUGAUAGCUGGUGCUAUUCUUUAAUUAAAUUUGCCUGUAUGUAACUGUUUCAGAAGUAUAUUAAUAGCUAGUUUCUGUUCCUCUCAAAUCUCGGCGAGGGGCUGUAAAAUAAGGGGGUUCAAAAGUUUAAAAAAAGGGGUAGAAUCAGUACGUAUAUUCAAAAGUUUCAGUUGCAAAGUGUUACAAUGCUUUAAGACCAUGCAGCGAAAUGUAUGUGAGCUGUCUCAAAAUCUUCAAUUGUUAUGUACAUAAACAAGUAUAUGCCUUUGUAUGAAGCAAUUUUACAUGCCAUGACCAAACCAUCCCUUGAUGUCUUUGUUUUUUCCACUUAUUGGCCUUUUUUGUAUAUUAAAAAUACUUUCUUUUU